CCGCAGCCCCAGAGAAUGAAUGAAAUUGAAAAAGCUGCUACAUUACAUGUACAAUACCGGGCUCCGCGGCGUUGCAUUCUAUCCUACUACACCAAAAUGGCCACAGCGGUACAGAACCACCUCAAAUCGCAAUCUGGAGGUGCAGUCAUCAAGAACAGUCUUGGAGAAGAGUUCUACAAGGAGGCCAUUGAACACUGUCGCAGCUACAAUGCCCGUCUGUGUGCUGAGCGCUCCAUGCGUCUCCCCUUCCUGGACUCCCAGACAGGCGUGGCCCAGAGCAACUGUUACAUCUGGAUGGAGAAGAACCACCGUGGACCAGGUCAUGCACCAGGUCAGCUGUACACAUAUCCCGCUCGGUGCUGGCGCAAAAAGAGGCGGUUAAACAUCCUGGAGGACCCGCGGCUUGUACCGAUUGAGUUCAAGAUUGACUAUGAGGCCUCCCUAAAGAAGGAGGGGGGUAUUCCAGAUGGUCCUGUGUUGGAGUCGCUGCUUGCCGGGGACACAUUGGACAAGAAGGUAGAAACAAAAGAGGAAGAGCCAAUGAGCGAGUGUCAGAAAUUGCUUGUUGGAGAUUUCCCUCAUGAGCUGGAGGUGGACGAGAUGGAAGAAGAUGUUCCCAAACGCAAGAACCGUACCAAAGCACGGGCCUAUGGGGUUGGUGGCAUGAGAAAGCGACAAGAGCCACCUGCUAUAGAAGACAGAGACAAGCCUUAUGUCUGUGACAUAUGUGGAAAGCGCUAUAAGAACCGCCCAGGACUGAGUUACCAUUACACUCACACACAUCUGGCUGACGAAGAGGGCGAGGAAGACUCAGAGAGGCACACACUCCCCUUCCAGCGCAAAAACAACCACAAGCCCAAGAAAGCAGCGGAUGGCUCGGUAAUCGCCAAUGGAUACUGCGACUUUUGCCUUGGUGGCUCAAAGAAGACUGGCUGUCCUGAGGACCUUAUUUCCUGUGCGGACUGUGGACGCUCAGGCCACCCGUCCUGUCUGCAGUUCACAGUGAACAUGACAGCUGCAGUGAGGACUUAUCGCUGGCAGUGCAUCGAGUGCAAGUCCUGCAGCCUGUGUGGCACCUCUGAGAAUGACGAUCAGCUGUUGUUUUGUGAUGAUUGUGACAGAGGCUACCACAUGUACUGUCUGAGCCCUCCUAUGUCUGAACCUCCAGAAGGAAGCUGGAGCUGUCAUCUGUGUUUGAGACAACUGAAGGAGAAGGCCUCAGCCUACAUCACCCUCAAUUAAUCUGGAGAGCUAGCUCUGCGUGCCUCAUCUUCUUGGCCCUUCACCCUGUCCCAAACAUUCCCUCUGUCGCCCUCUGUCUCUCUGUUUGAGCCUCGACUGCCCUGUCGACAGGCACCGGUCAACCUCUACGUUCUGACCUUGGGACCUUUGACUCAGCACAGGAUCCAGGAACUUCAUCUGAACAUCAUUCGAGGAGAGCUACGUACACUGUAACUUCCAACGUCCAUUUGUCACUCACACUCGUCUGCUGUGAAUGAAUGUGAAUCGACUUCCACCACACACACAAACACAAACACAAACACAGAAAACACACACAUUCUGUCCUCCUCUGGUGCAGAAGAAUUCAUGAGAUGGCAAUAGGUUUGCUCACAAGACACACACUCCAGCCUGUCAAGGGUACUUAGAGGAAUACUACUCCACUGGCUCCCCUCAAGGGCCCUCAGCAGAGCCCUAAUGAUCUCUGGUUGCAACUCAUUCAAGUAGUGAAUGAGAAUUAACAAGAUGGAAAGGUGCAAAGCAGAGGACGUGGCUUGGAAGACCCUGGAUAACAACGGGGCGACAACUGUGGACAAUGAACGCUUACGGCUUACGCUGCAGUGAACUUCUUCAGUAAGAUCUUGCUUCCUCGAGCAGUUUCCAAUAAUUGUACAGAAUUCAGAAUCAUUCUAAACUCUUGCAGACAAUUUCUCGUGUGGAGCUCAAACCACUUUACCCCAUAAAUGAUUUCACAGUGGAUUAUGAAGGCCUAUAUUGUCCAGUUAAUAUCAACAUGUGAAAGAAGAGAGUGGAUCUUCUCAAAUCAGCUGUCUCUGAUAAAACACUGUAUUUGGGGUGUGAAAUGACUGUUUAGACUUAGGAACUCUCCAAACAUCUUCCACUUCUGUGAGACAAUGACUGUGAAGCCAACACAUCACCACGUGCUUGUGUAUUGUCAGUGUGUUGCGAAUGUACGGUUGCUGUGUGGAUAACGCAGUUUGUCUGGCUUUUUUAAUGAUUCUUUUUUUAUUGUUAUUACGUUUCAUCUGCAUGUCUUAAUUUUGAUUGCUUGGGAAAUGUUUAUAAUUGAACUGGAGAAGAAAGCACACUUAAAUCGCAAUAAUGUCUUUGUGAUAAGAGCUGUUUUGGCCAAAUUAGCCGUGUUUUAAACUGUGUGUGUGCGUGUGUGUGUGCGUGUGUGUGUGUGUGUGCACGCGCGUUCAUGCGUGCGCGCACUUGUGUGCGCAGUCAUUGUAGCUGGCUCCACACUCAGUGGGAGCUUCUGUAUGUGAGUCGUUGAGUAUGAGGGAGGUAAUUUGAAUGUGAGGAAAACCAACAUUUUCCUGUUCAAGCAUUCCGGCAAUGAUGCAGGUGACACAAAGUAAUUCUUUUAACCAGGAAAUGUCACAAGUUAAUGCUCAAGUACUACUUAUGUGCAAAACCAAAUUCAAAUGGCUGAGUCUUGGAGUUCUCACUGUGAUACACAUCGUCUACCAGCCAUUCCAUAAACAGCUCUUAAGUGAGACGUGUUUAUUUUUAAUUAUAUGUGGUCUUAUUCCGCUGCCUCUUUAUUCUUUUUUACAACACACUCAAUAGGAGCUCAAACUGCGGAAUGAACAUCAGUUUGAUAAACAGUUUUUGUCUUCAUUAUUCAAUUUACUCUGCCUAAAAUAAUGGCAUGACAUGAUCAAAUAUUUAGUUGGACUGUAUUUAUUAAUAGCAACCACUCCUAUAACUUAAGUUUACUUGUUUGCAAGCUCAUUAUGACCAGCUGUAUUUGCAUCAAAAUAUGUCUGCCUGUGUGUCACAGUCAUUUGCACCGUUGACACAUGUACAGUAGCAUAACAUAACAUACACAUCUUUGGGCGCGGUGAUCAAAGUUCCAGCGAAGCCUCAUGUCAUUCGUUUCUCUCUGUCUCUGCACAAUAAACCACCAAAACCAGCAUGUACAUAUGUGUCACUCAACCAGAGAAAAAAAAAAAAACAAUGUUUCAUUGAAGAUACAAACUAGUUUAUAUUUUGAGGGAGUCUACUAUUGAGGAAAAAUAAUAUCCUGAGACAACAUGUCUGGUUAACAUGAAAGAUAAUGCAGAAUAUAAUUUAGGAGGGUGAUUUUAACCAGUGAGGAUGCAUCAUUCCAAUAAUCUUUUAUCUUUGAGAUGCAAGAUGUCUUUUUAAAAGAGAGAAAAGGGGAAAUAUAAUUUUUAAUGUACAGUACUGUGGAAAAGUCUUAAUCCAUCAUUAGAUUUGUCGUUUUAGCAAUGCUGUAGUCAGCGUGUAGAACUCAGAUGUCACUCAGUACAGCACAGACUGCCACCAAAGUCAACAAAAGUAACAAAUAACAACAAGGAACGAUCAGUGAUGAGCGCCUUACUAGUGUUUUGUUUUUGCGUCUGUUCAUUAGUUAGGUAAUUUCCGGGUUUGUGGGGAAUAACGAACCAAUCGGCAGUGCCACUAUCAUUCUAGGGGGCUGCAUUGAUGCCAUACAAACUCAAAUGGUGAAAAUGCAAUCCUGUAUCUGCACCUUUAUAGAGUUUGGUUUUGUUUUGCAUAAUCCAGUAUCUGUCCUACUUGUACUUUGUCGAAUUAACUGCUAUGAGAAAGGUUUAAAAAAAAAAAAAGGCAACAAAAAUGGUAGAGACUUUUGCACUGUACUGUAUGUGAUGGCCAAAGUAAUUUUGUUUACAUGAAUGACGCCUGAAAUGUUUCAAAUUUCACAUUUGAUAGUCAAUGAUUAUUUAUUUGUGAACAAGCAGAGACAAAACUAUAACCCUAUUAUAAUUAUCUGCAUUCUUUGGUCUUUCUUUUCCCACAAUCUUGGUCCAUUUGAUCUCUCACUGCGCUUCAUUUGAAAUUAGCAGGAACGAGUACAAAAGCGUUACAUACUGUACUUUGUUAAAACAUUUCCAGCAACCACACCUCCGCAAAAAGAGGCUUCCAUUCAACGCAAACAUGGCCAUCAAGCUGUGCUGAAAAUGCUUUCAUGUUGCCAUGAAAACAAUGUUCUGCCAUCAUGUCCGAGGGAUUUGGGCAAAUGGAUUUGUACAUUUUUGGAGGAAACUUUUUUGUUUUUACCUUUAUAUCAUGCUAAUUGUACUUUUGUUGGAAAUCCUACUAACUUCUCUGAUCACAGGCUGUCAUAAUGUCCUGGUUAAAUCCACUAAGCAGUCAUCUGGGUUGUGAAAUCUUCAUUUGAGUGCAAAGAGCUGACUGAUUGUUUGAUUGAUAAGAGAUGUAAUGUUUGCAUUUUUUGGAUGGAUGAAGAUGAUGGUAACUGAAAAGCCUUUAAAAUGAAAGUUUUCCUGGCACUUAAUGAUAGAGUCAUUUUUGAUUGUACGAUGUGAGAAGGAUAAGGCAGCCAUUUUGUAAUAUGGGCAUCAUGUUAUUGUAAAUUGAAACUUAAAGCAUCCUGCUACCCAAUUUAAAAAUGUGGACUGGCAAGGUCAGAGAGUUGAUGCUUUUUCGGCCAUUCUCGGCUUCUCUUGUAAAUUCCCAUUCUGUGAUUUUGCUUGCACUUUUUAAUUUUUCCACCAAAAAGAAGAUCAUUGUAAGAACUGUACGUAUGCGUGUGAGUGAGUGCACUUGUUAUUUUUGUAUCAUUUCCCCCCAAUCUGAUUGUCUUCUGUAAAUAACCCCAGAUAAAAAGUUUUAAUUUGUCUUUUCUAACUCGAGCGGAAGAUGCAAUCUUCUUCGACACUUUUUAUUCUCAUGCUGUCAUCACUGCAAUCGUUGUCUGUAAAUUCAACAUUCUCCCCUUUUUCUUCCCUU